AUGACUCAAAUCGAGGAUUCUUCGGAGUAUGAGCUUUUGUCUACUGCCGAGAGAGAUGCGCAGGAACCAACUAAAAUUACACCGAAGGGAGACUGGCCUGGAAUUGCACAGAAAGUAAGAAGAUGGAAAUGGGGAAGCAUCACAGUCGAUAUACUCGGCAUAUUACUGGUUGUGCCCUUCCUUUUCUUAAUUAUUUUUUGCGCCAGCCGUGACGGAGAAACUGUAGAUGCGCAUACACUCAACCGAAUGAAACAGGGACUAUGGGCAUCGGCUACUGCUUUCACUCUCGUUUUCUCAAGUAUCGUCGGUCGAAUGACUCGGCGAAUGGCGGAAUGGAGACUUGAGAGAGGGAGUUCGCUUAAAACCCUAGAAACACUGAAUGGAAGCUCGACAUUGAUCAACAGCGUUUUGACUCAAGUUCAGCUCAGGAAUUUUGGCAUUGUUUCUCUAUUUCUGGUUCUUUUAUGGACAGUUUCACCAAUCGGGAGCCAGUCUCCUCUCCAUGUUCUUUCUACAGCUUCCACGUCCAACUCGACUCAGCAAUUGUUGGGAUAUCCUCUCAUUAAUAGUUCCUCCCUUGUGAAUGGUGCGGAUGGCUGGUCAUUUAUCGCCCCAUAUAUCCAAAGCAUAUAUAGUACCAGUCUAUUAUCCGCUGCAAACUUUGGCAACUCGUCAAUGGAUCCGUGGAACAAUCUCAAGAUACCCAAAUUUGAUGGUCUCCAAGGGGUCAAUAGCACUGGAUGGGCUUCGGUACCUACCAAUCAAAACAUCUCCUAUCCAUCCUUGAUGGGGAUUCCUAUCAGCGGGCUCAAUAAGACGGGCAAUAUAACUGCCAUUGUGGAGUCGACAUAUUUCACCCUGCAGUUAGUGAAUAGUACAGGCGACCUCAAGUUCGAUGGCAAAGGAAUAGUGCUGAACAUGACCGUGGGUGAUACCUUUACCCCAUGGAGUGACACCUCUCUUGCUGUCAUCAUAGAGAAUGACACCGUCUCAACGAACGCUAGCACAGUUACUCCCGAGGAGGAAGCGUACAUUACGUUCAGUCCAGUUAAUCAGACUUUUCAGGCGACAUAUCUCUGGCAGCAAAGAUACUUUCAGUCUGAGAUCAAGUGUAUCGUCCAGAGUACAUCAGCUGGCCAGAAAAAUUGUUCUGUCGAACAAAUGCGAGUUUCUAGGUCUACCACUCCCCCAGAAUUUGAAGGGAUCAGUGUGGAGGUCAUACGCUCCAAUUGGAACAAAAUGCUGUCAGGUCAGAACUUCUCACUGUCAGAAGCAUAUCUGCGCUAUCCACAAUCCCCUCUUGAAGCCAAUCUAUCAGACACCUCGACCGCAUCACCAUCGAUGGAGGCUCUCCAACAAAGGCUGGAGCAGCUGCUCAACACAUUAUUCUUCAGUACUGUUGACCCUGAGGGGUUGUUGUCGGGGAUGCCCUCUUAUCCAAUUCAAGUAGAUGCGACACGCAUCUUCUUCAACAUUGGAUCUGUUUAUGUCGUGAACUUUCGCUGGUUAGCUGCAUUUGUGGUGGCCACGUUAGUAAUGACCAUAUGCGCUAUUAUCACCAUUUUCCUUACCAGUAUGAGCAUGAAUCCAGAUAUUCUAGGAUAUAUCUCAACUUAUGUCUGGAAUUCCCCGUCUGUGGGUUUACCGCGAUCAGGGACAUUCCUCGGCGGCGACAAGAAGACUAGGUCGAUCAAAGAAUGGCAGGUUCGGCUUGGGGAUGUACGCAGUGAGGACAAGGUCGGCCAAUUGUCGAUUGGGAUACUCUCCAGUACAAAAAAGCCCGAACCUGGGAGACUCUAUAGAGUGAUUACCGAUGAAGUUAAUGGGUGA